UUUAUAGGUUGGAAACUAUUGCAACUCAACAGAACUCUUCUUUUUGUGAUACAAUUGUUACCUCAUAUUUUGAAUGCUUUCGAUAUGCUUUAUUGUGCAAAAAGACUCAACACGGUGACACUUCACCAAUAAUAUUAGUAGAUGCCAGGAAAUGUUUGCUAUGUGAUCAUUUAUUAAAGUUUGUGGAAGACGCACUGUUUGAACCAGCAGACAUCUCACUAGGCUGUUUGCAACUGUUCUUCGCAUCAUUUGCUGAUCUAGUUGGAGUUUUAGUGAGAAAGAGUCAGUCAUUAUCUUCAGAGUUUUGGACUAACUUGAAAGUUAUGGCAAUGAGAUCAGUGGACGAACUUGGAGUAACUAAUCUUCAGCCCAGUAACAGACUGAUGUCUUUCUUGAAAGAAUUGUGCACCUCUUGUGAUGAUGUGGAAGCAAGCAGUUCAAGUGAUGUCAUGUUGUUGUAUGAGAUCAUACAGGAGGUGGUCAAUAGCUGCCGACAUUUGGCAUUUACAAACAAGUCACAUAAUCACAUGUCUUUGUUGGCAUCCAUUUUUCAAACAGUCAGUAACCCAACUAACUUGCUACAAUCUUCAGAAGAUACUGGCAGUGUGAAAGCUGUUACACAGUUUGUCAGUUCUCAAGUUAUACCUUAUAUUCAACACUUAACAUCAGACUCUGGUCAACUUGAUACAUGCAUGGCCAUUCUUUUGGCUUUGCUAAAGCAUACAGAUGAACAUCAUAUUGCCACAACCUUUAACACUUUGAUUCAGGCUGAAGACAUUAAUCACAUUAUUCUGUCAGUUGCAGCUGUGGUCAAGUCAUCGUUGUCGUCGUCGUCGUCGUCGUCGUCAUCAUUGCCUGUUCUUGUGCGAACAAUUAAGAGUUGGCUUAUGGAGACUGGUGUGACUGAGUGUAUAAUUGCCUCUAUUGCAAGACUUACACAAGAAUUGGACAAUGCAGAAGAAACAAAUCAUGAUGUCAUGAACACAAACUGGAAGCUUUUGGAGCUUGCUGUUGUUCCUUAUGAACCAGAUCAGUUGGUGUCAAGACAUUGUAGACUUCAAGUUUUACAACAAGUCCUUCAAUUUCUUGACAAGUUAGACUACUUGGAGACAGUAAAUGACGGUGUCCACUCCACAACUACUGAAAUAAUGAGGUUGUUGCAAGCUCGAUUUGAGGUGAUGUCAGUGCCAUCAGAAGAGAUGGAUUUGAAACUUGCUUGCAAAGUUUUCCACCUUCUAGAGUGGGACAAUGCUAAAUCUGCCUGGAAGACAGCUGCAAAGGCGAUGCAACACUUAGGAAGAGAUACAGAAUUAUUGCAAGCAUUGUGCAAGUGGGUUAAAGACAAAGUAUUAGAAAGCAGUUCAGUAGACUUAGUAACAGUUGUGAGUUUGUCUCUUAAGACACACCAGCUCUUCCAGCCUUUCUCUGAACCUCAUAUCGUAUCACCAGCAGUGCAAGGUCUGUUGCCUUUGGAUGAGCAAUGGGCAGAAUGGAGAGAAGCCAAUCAAGAUUUGUUCACGGCCUGUCAGCCGUUUAUUGUUGGGUCCAUGAAUCUCUCAUCAGUUCAUCGUUCUGAGCUUUUGAAUGUCAAGCAGGAGAGCAAUGUUUGGGUAGAGGACUGCAGGCACUUUUACUGGUCAGUGUUUCUUGCUCAGCUACUUCACAGCAGCCAGGCAGAGGAUGAAGCUAUGAAGUGUAGUGAUCCAAUUGAGCUGUCAUUGAUACCAACAGAAAACAUCAAGAAGAUCAGCCUUGAAUUGUUAUGGCAACUUCAAGUUCGAUUAAACAAUGACUUUGGUCGUGACAAGACAGAUGAACAUGUCUUGCAUCUCUUACAAACCACUAGCAGUAAUGUAUUGGACUACAUUGGGCAAAAUCAACAAGCUGAUGAUUUGUUUUACAUGGUUGCACACAGAUCAAACGGGGUUGGAGGUAUUUGGCCGCAGGUCCAGGGAGCAAUGUUUACAUAUUUUAUUUCCAAAGAGAUUGACUUUGACAGCUACUUGCACACAUCUUUGAUGUGCAGCAAGCACAAGAUUUCUGCUUGUGAACUACAGUCCAUUCAAAUGCUAACAAGUAGCCUUGAAGAAGCAUUAUCUGCUGCCACAAAUUGCCCUUCUACAACCUCAACAGCUGAACUAUUCACUCAGCAAUUGUUGACAUCACCAAUUGCAAAGGGUUUAUUUCACAGCAGUGCUGCAUUGCAGUUAGAUGCUUGUCUCAGUGGGUUGUGUUUGGCACAUUGCUCGCUGAGAUUAGGGUUCAGGUUAUUAGAGUCAUUCAACUGCCAGCUAGUCACAUCACAAAUCAUUGACCAGCUGAUUGUCUGGAGAGACAGCAGCGAUGCAUUUCUUUUUGACAGCUCUAUUCUGUCCGCAUCUUCAGUGCAACUGGCAUUUAAUUCAGAAGCAUGUCGAUUUCUCAAUUGGACUAUCAGACAUUAUCCAAAGGUUCUGAUCGACAAACAUUGGGACUUUGUUUUCUGUGGUUUAGUAUCUUGGCUGCAGACAUGCAGUGAAGGAUUCGGAGAUGCACCGUCUCUUGGAUAUCAAGCUCUGACUUAUCAAGUUAUGCUAUUGUUGGCUGGUGUAUCUAAGUGUUUGCAGUUGUCUACAAAUGAAACAUGUAUUGCCUCAAAGAUUAUAAGUGACUUUCACGACUAUUUCUCAGGGACAUCAUAUGCGAUUGCAUUUCCAAUGUUUUUGAGUAUGGCAGAGACAUCAACAUCAGCUGAUUUAUGUCUUUCCAAACAACUAGUGAUGUGUGCAGUGUCACAGGCCAUUAUCCAGUGCCCUUUGCAAUGUUUAGAACAACAACUUCUUAGCAGUAAUAAUGAAACAGGCAAUGAAGUAGCUUCUGGAGAGCUGCCACAGCUGCAUGGAAGUAUGAAGAAAUACAGCAAGUUACUAGCAAGUGACGUUCUUAGUGUACAAGGUGGUGGUUAUGAGUGUUUGAAAAAAUUGGUUCCUAUAAUUGUGAGACUGGAUACAGCAGCUAUUGAUGCUCAGAGUGGUGCUGCCAGCUUUUCCAAUGAGACUGAAUCUGAUGCAAAUCGAAUUGGUCUUCCCAAAUGCUUGCUUGCAGUCAUCAGUGACACUUCACAUAUGAUCACAGAUCUGUUGGGAGUUUCUGAAAAAGGCGAGAGGGUUUCUUUUGCUAGAAGUUCAUUGAAACUUCAGCUUGAGUCAGGAUGUGUUGCAUAUUGCUUGUGCUGGCUGCUCAUAUUGGACUGCUUUCAAACUGCUAACCAUGUGUUGCGUGUCCAUUACUCUUAUAGCGCAAAGGAAGGUGGACGAUUAAGUGAUCUGAUGCAGAAUCUUUUUGCCUUCAUGCCAGAUGGUCAGAAAUCUGCGAUCUUUGCUUUGCAAGGCGAUUGUAGACCAAGUUCAUGGGAUAGCCCACCUGCAACAGGGCACACAAACUUCUGGCAGUGGACUCAACAUAAAUUGAACAAAGCUGCUGAUUUGGCUGAACGCUUGUCAUGUAGUGUCUAUUUUCGAUGCCUUCGUCAACUACCUGCUCUUGUCAGGCAGUGGUAUUCCAGCACUGACAAGAAGAUGUCACAGACAGUAGAAAAGUUUACAAGUCAAUUUAUGAGUCCACUAUUAGCACAGCAUGAACUGAAAGCAAUUCAAGAGCGCAAUUAUAAAUCAGACAAUAUGCAGGUGCGUGUAAGACAACUGAGUCGAGAGGUUGUAGCUGUUUACACUAUUAGUGAUGUGUCUAUGGAGUUGAUUGUUGCACUAACAUCAAGCCAUCCUCUUACUCCAGUUAAAGUAGAAUGUGGUAGGAGAGUAGGUGUACCUCACACUCAAUGGCGAAACUGGAUGCUGCAAUUGACGACGUUCCUCAGUCAUCAGAAUGGAACAAUCCUUGACGGCCUUGUACUAUGGAAAGACAACCUCGACAAAAAGUUUAGUGGUUUAGAUGACUGUAUGAUCUGCUUCAGUGUGAUUCAUGGUUCCAACUGCUCCAUACCUUCAUUGCAAUGUAAAACAUGCAAGAAGAAAUUUCAUUCAGCAUGUCUAUACAAAUGGUUCAGCACAAGUAACUUAUCAUCCUGUCCUCUCUGCAGGAACUUGUUCUAAUAUGCUGUAGAAGGUUGUGUUGUAAUAGAAACAGUGUUUGUUCACUGA